GCGAACGGCACGUGCAACGGUUCCGCGACUCUUUUCCGACACAAUCAACAAAUAAGCUUAAAACAAAUUUGUUGUCCAUUAUUCACCUGAUAAUAAUUAUGUUAGUAGUGUGAAAGUGGUUUGAUAAACUUAGUGAAAACUUUUUAUUGAUGGAUGCGAUUAUAGGACUGGUGCUUACAAGGAAUGAGUAUUAGAAGGGGAAAAUACUUAAAAAAACUAAAUCAAAUGAAGCCGAAAUAAUGAAUUAUUGGAGCUCAAAUAUUAUUUGCCUGGUUACAGCAAUACAUGCUGUAUUUGGCUGUCAAUUCUAUCCGCCGGGAGAAUACCUGAGGUUCGUCAGGGUGCCUGAAAACCUAAAAAUCGGCGACGAGGUCCUACAAGUCGACGUUUAUCCUAGAAAUAACCUCAAUUUGUUACCAGUAGACAAGACUGAAGACGUAAACUAUUUCACAUUCCGAGACGUCAACAAAACCACUGUUUCACUUCUAUUAGCGAAAUCCUUAGAAGAUUUGGUAGAUACGAAUAGACCAAGAAACGUACUGAAAUUCAAACUGAGCUGUGAUUAUAACGAUGGAGAAGAUACGAUAACAUCUUCUUUAUCUGUAACUGUAUAUGUUGAAGACAUCAACGACCAUGCACCAAUGUUUUUGGGUUCUCCUUAUACUGUAGAAGUUGAUGAACUAUUUCCUGUUGGCUUGACUUUGUACAGAGGCAUCAGGGCGAUUGACAGGGACAAACCGAACACUCCAAAUUCCGACGUCCAUUUCGCAAUAGUUGCGGGUAACGAUAGGGGCAAAUUCGCUUUGGAAAAUAGUCACGAGCCGGACGUUAUAUUGCGGAGAGCUUUGGACUAUGAUGGAGGCGAUAGGGAGUUUAGUUUGAUUAUUACUGCUACGGAUCGUGGAAGUCCUCCCAGAAGUACCAACACCACUCUCAAAAUCAGAAUCAACGACAACGAUGACUUACCGCCGAAAUUUACUAAAGGAGUUUAUAGGACUAGGAUUCAUGAGUUUUAUCCUAUUACGGGUGCAAAAAUCCACGAGCUCCUCUCAUUUCAACCCCCCAUUUACGCAUUCGAUCAAGAUUUUGCCAUCGACACGGCAAUCAGAUACGAUAUAAUAGCCGGCAACGAACGCCAUCUAUUUUACCUGGACCACGUCAAUGGAUCCUUGUUUCUGGAACGAGAAAUUGAUUUGGAUGGCGAAAGGGCUUUGCCAGGAAACACCUUUGUUUUACAAAUACAGGCCUCACAGGUGGAUAAUCCGUUAAAAACAGGCCUGGCACGUGUCGAAGUUGAAAUAAUCGACUUGAACGACAAUUUGCCAGAGUUUGAAGUCGAUUUUUACAACAUCAGUAUAGUCGAAAAUUUGCCAAAUGGCUUCAGCGUGUUGCAAAUCAUGGCUACUGAUCAGGAUCAAGGAGAUAAUGCUGAUUUUUCCUAUCAGCUAGACGACAAAUCUGGAGCUUUUUCCUUGGACGCUCGAACUGGAUGGUUGACAGUUCGAGAUCAAGCGGUUCUUGAUCGCGAAAAACGUUCGGCGAUCAAAAUGAAAGUUUACGCCAAAGAAAAAGUUCCAAGCAUGAUUACAAACGACGUAGGAUCUUCGGUUAAUAUUGAUGUUACUUUAUUGGAUGCCAACGAUAAUAAUCCAGCGUUUAUUCCAACAAAUUUGUACGAUUUUGUUGUUUAUACGCCAGCGAAAAAAGGAGAUCUUGUCGGGCAAAUCCAUGCAGUCGAUCCUGAUCUGGGCAGAAACGGCGUCGUAAUAUUUUCGCUCCAAAAGUCUUCGAAUAAUAGCGACUCUUUCGAUAUCGAAGCGAAAACAGGCAAAAUAUUUGUAACUGCGGAUAAGUUGGUGGCCGAAAAGCAUUUAUUGUUCAUCGAAGCCGCUGAUCAGCCUAUUAAUCCUAGUGAGAGACGUACGUCUUUGGCUGUGGUCACUAUUGAUGUGAAAAAUAAAGGUGACAAAGAUUUCCCUGAAUUCAUUGGAGCGCCGUACGAAUUCUGGGUCGGAGCUAAUGUUGGUAUUGGUACCAGUAUCGGACAAAUGCGUAUCACCAAUGUGCCGGAUAGAAGUAAAAUUUCUUUUGAUUUGUUGCACAGCUAUCAUGAAGGAGUUCCAUUUGCUGUAGAAGAAAACACAGGAGUCCUCACAGUUGUAGAUGAACUCAAAAAAUACAUUAGAUUAAAUUACGAUUUCGAAGGUGUAGUGAGUAACGAUAAAGAUUUGUCUUUGGUAACAAACGUCACUUUACACGUUGUUGAUCCUAAAGACGAAAAAACAAUACUGAUGAAGACAGGCAAUUCUCCUUUGGAGUUUCACGUAAAGGAAAACCAGCCGAAUGUUUUAAUUGGGAAAUUGGGCUUCAGAAAUAAUAUGACUAGCGGUUUGAAAUUUUCAAUUGCUAACCAGAAAGAUGUGACUGAUGUUAUUGCUAUAACUACUGAUGGUACUUUGCACACGUUGAGGUCUUUGGAUAGGGAAGUUAGAGAUGUUUAUAGACUAACUGUUAUAGCUGAAUAUGAUAAAGGUUCCGUUUUGGGAUCCGGCAUCUACCAAGUGACAAUUUUCGUCGACGACGACAACGACAACAAACCGACCUUCGAACGCAAUAUUUACGAAGGCAAAAUCAAAGAAAACUGCAAAUCGGGUACCGAAGUGGACCUGAAUUUCCCCGUCCACGUGAGCGACAACGAUAUCGGAACGAACGGCCAAUUUACGGUGACCAUUUUCGGAAACGGCAGCGAAAUAUUCCGCCUGGACAAGAACACUGGAAAAAUCCAAUUUAUAAGCUCCAGCACGCCGUUGGACCGCGAAACGAUUAGUGUCUACAACCUGAGACUGGUGGCGAAAGAUAAAGGGGGAUUAUACAGCGAGGCGAAAUUAAUUAUACAAGUCGAAGACGAAAAUGAUAAUGCGCCGAUAUUUAAUGAAAUUGAGAUGUACACUAAGAGGGGUAUAAAAAUUCUGGAUUACGAUCGUGACGGUAAUAGGGUCGAGCAUUUCGAAGAAGUUAAGAACAGUAAUGUUACGAAAUUUAUGCUGACGCAAGCUUAUUUGAGAGCUAAGAGGCCUAAACAGAAGAUGUCGCCUGUAAUUUCUGUUCCCGAGGAUAUUGGUGUAGGUAAUACUAUCGUCAAACUAAUAGCUCAGGAUAAAGAUUCAGCAGAAAACGCAGCCGUAAAGUACGAAAUGAUAUCCGAAACUUACAUACCUAACGAAAAAUCCGCAGAACCAUUUCAUUUGAUUCAAUACUUCAUGGUACAUCCGGCUAAUGGAGAAAUAUCGGUGGCCAGAACAUUGCCACCCGAAUCCGAAUUCCGAUUAAACAUCUCUGCAACAGAUAAGGGAUUAUUGAGAGAUUACAUUUCAGUGAGGAUUUUGGUUAAGGAUGUUAACGAUCACACCCCGAUAUUUAAGAAGUCUUCUUAUAGUUUUGAUACUGAGGAGGCGUCUUAUACUCGGAAGGUUUUAGGUAAAAUUGAAGCAAUGGACUCAGAUUUCGGCUCCAACGCCAACAUUUCCUACUCGAUCAAAACCGAUGAUAAUUCAAGAGUACCAUUUUCCAUUUCAAUGUUAACUGGACAAUUGACAGUUGACGGCCUGUUAGACCGCGAAACCAAAGAUAAAUAUUCGUUUAUGGUUUCAGCUAAAGAUAAUCCAAUCGAUGGCAAGUCUUUGAGUAAUUCCGUCAACGUUGAAGUUAAUGUUUUGGACGUAAACGAUAAUCCGCCAGUGUUUUACGGAUACGACGACCUUUUAGCUAAUAAUGUCGUCCCACAACACACAAACCAUUAUUAUAACAACAAUAAAGUACCAGUGUAUUAUGCAACAGCUUCAGAAAAUAGUCCAAUAGGUACUCCAAUUACGCGUGUGUUCGCGAACGAUUCGGAUUUCAGCGGCAAUGGCAACGGAUUAAUUCUGUUUGAUAUUCCGUUUCGCAAGGGCAACGCGAAUCUAUUUGCGAUAGAUUCAAAGGAGGGCAUAAUUACGACCAUUGGGAAGCUGGAUUACGAGACGCAAAGGUCGCACAACGUGACCAUUGUCGCAUCGGACCUUGGUUCGCCCAGUCUCAGCUCGACGGCAUUAUUAAUCAUUACAGUGAUAGACGUUCCCGAAGACAUAACUUCAGUAGAAAGUCCCGUAUUCAAUCAUCGUUACUAUGAAGUUGAAGUAGAAGAAAACGUCCCAGUACCGUUGAAAAUCCUCACUCUGAACGUCACUGAAACUUACAAAUCUCACAAGCUACGUUACAGCAUUAUUUCGGAAAAAAACAGUGACGUAAGGAAAACUUUCAAAAUCGACCCUAAAAACGGCACGCUGUUCAUCAUCGACAGUCCCGAUCGAGAAAUGAAGGCCUUGUACGAACUGGUUAUAAGGCUGGAUCAGUACAAAGUUGGCAGGGAUAUGACCGUCAUGGUUUAUCCCGUUACCAAUGAGAAAUUAGGAAACUUAGGCCUGAAUGAAGUUAAAGUUAUCGUCAGGAUUACUGACACUAAUGAUAACUCUCCUAAAUUUAUGGUUUCUGGAAGGCCAAUUGUUGCCGCUAUUCCUGCUACUGCUGGUUAUGGAUAUGAAGUACUAAGAUUGCAAGCUACAGAUCCAGAUUUGGGUAUCAACGGUGAAAUCCGUUUCCAAAUUCUGAGCAGAAACGAGGAGGCAAACCGUCUGUUUGCCAUCGAUUCCAUUACAGGACAAGUACGUUCUAUUGCAAGUUUCGCUAAGGAAGCAGGAAAAGUUUUCGGGUUCGAUGUAAAGGCAACUGACAAAUGCGGUGCAGAUGACGGACACAGUUCGAUUGCAAAUGUUCUGGUUUAUGUUCUUGAUGAACAAAAGCAAGUGGUUAUGGUUAUGGGAAUAAAACCUACUGAAGCUGAAAAGAGCAUUAGUAAUAUAACAACGGUGCUCUUUAACACAACUGGAUUUGAUAUACGUGUCAGGAAACUGGAGCCUCACAACGAAAGAAACCACGUAGAUAAUACAGCGACCGAUAUGUAUCUUUAUGCAGUUGAUCCGACAUUAAACACCAUCUUGGAUAUGACACAACUGGAAAAGGUACUUCUGAGGAAGCACAACGAAAUUGAAACCAAACUGGAAGGCCCCAAAGUACUAUCAUUCUCCGGAGGUCUUCUAGACAAAGAAAAAUCCUACACACGCACCCCGAAAAUAAUACUUUCCUCAAUUGAAAUUGGAGCAAUAAUUCUAGGCUGUAUUAUUCUACUAGGAGCUCUAAUCACAGCAAUCUGCGUUGUGAGUCUUAAGCGCAAAAAGAGACGUCUAAAACGCUAUUCAUCUCCAUUGAGUUUCGGUAUCAACUCUUCAAAAGCUGGCCUUUAUCCACCUCCCUAUGGCGACCCUUUACGCUACCAAAUGUCCCCGGAUGGCAAUUCUCAUGACGUCCAAAUGGACUACACCCCGUCACGUCAUGACAUCAGUUGUCCAAGAUACGGAGCGGCACGUUUAAGCGGCUACAGAGACCGAUCCAGAAGUUCAAUGGGAUUGGAAAAAUCCAUAACAAGCCUGCAUUCCAGCGGUCACGAUUCGGGCAUUGCCGAUGCAAAUAAUGUGAUUCACUCGUGCCAGUGCGGGAAUAGUAGCAGUAGAAGUUCGGGAGAGGAUAGCAGCAAUAGCUACGAAGACUCUCUCCAAUCGAUUCCGAACAGUCGUAAAUUGCGUGAUCCCACUCCCGCGAUGCACCAUCAGAUUUCACUAGGUCCCGGUGCAAAUUUCGCCUUGCAACAGCGUCGAUCCAGGAAUCGAUCGAUCACUGAAGAUAUUAUGGAUGCCGGAGGCUUGCACCAGAUCCAGAAUAUGACCGGAAUCGCUCCGGGACCUUCUGGGAUUUUUAUGAACGGUCCUUCUGCACUUAGACGGUCUACUGAGAGACUCAUGAUGGUCGGACCUGUACAUAAUAGAGAUUAGGCUAUUGAUUUUUAUCAAACGAAAUAUGUGCUAUACUUUUAAUAUUUGGUUGCGUGUGUAGAAAGUUAUAUUUUUUUCGCCCGAAAAAUAUACCUCAACAGUGUUAUGCGGUUGGCAACAUGUAAUGCAAUGUUGCCAUCUACCUCAUUUUUCUGAAAAAAUAAUGUCUUUGCGGAGAAUGUCUAUUGUUAUAUCAUACGUUUUUACUUAUUGACUGUCGUAAAACACAUCAUAUUUACUUUCCUGAAAAUUCGUAUGGAAAAACACAACUUUCUACAUGUAUAUAGAACAAUAUGCUUUGAGUUAAUAUUGAAAAUAAUGAUGUAAAUAUUAUAUUUUUCUUGUAAAUAAGUGUGUAAUUUGUAUAUAUUAUUUUAGGCUUGUGGCUUGAGUGCUUUCUCAACAAGUUCAAUGAUUAUAAGUGGUUACCAUUGAAAAAUAAUAAUACUUAGAAGAUAAUGUUACUAAGAAUUGGGGCCUCAUACGUGCAAUAUGAUCAAAUAUAUUUUUGUAUAAAAACUAUUUUAUAACAAACAAAAAAUAAAGACAGAUAGUUUUGAA